CCUGUUUAUCAAGACUAAUACUCCUAUAUAACUUCAUGCAAGUUGAGGUCUUGAUUUUACCAAAGCCUUAAAUUAUAUUGUUAUUUACACAAGUUCUAAGAAAACUGUAGUUGCAUUUGAUCAACUAAAAAGGAUGGAUGUAGUGAAUAGAUUAGGAGCAGAAAGCCCGGUGGUGAUAUUCGGCAAGAGCAAUUGUUGCAUGUCUCACAGUAUCGAAACCUUAAUUCGUAAUUUCGGAGCAAAUCCAACGGUGUAUAAUCUUGAUGAAAUUGAGAAAGGCAAGAAGUUGGAGAAAGCUUUGAUUGAAAUGGGUUGCAAUCCCAGUACUCCAGCUAUAUUUAUUGGGAAGGAGUUUGUUGGUGGUUCUGAUGAAGUGAUGAGUCUCAAUGUUAAAGGCAAGUUGAAGGAAUUGCUCAUCAAGGCUAAUGCUAUUUGGAUAUAGCCUAGAACUAUGAUUGAUGUUAUGUUGCUCGGAAUCUCCAAAAAUAUAAUCGCACUAUCGUUGGAUCCUUUGAAAAGUCAAUAAAGUUUUAAGGAUCCAAUCUGACAUAUAGUACUUCGAUACUAUUGAAAAAUUCGAGCAACAUUGCACUAGCAUUGCACUAGUGUACUCUUUUUUUUACAUGCAAGAAUUCCAAAAGAUGUUCACAUGGUGUUAUUUAAUUUUCUUCUUGUUAUCCAGCCCAUUUUCUGUUUUUCCA